ACUAUAGGUGACAUACAAUGUUGAAUAUUUUCUUUUACUAACAGAGACCAGGCUUUUAAGUGACUUAGAGAACACAGCAAUCGCUCCUUGCUAAGCUUUGAACAGUACCUGCUGUAUUACUCACUAAGAACUCAACAGACAGCCAAGACUACAUGAACAGAUUUAGGACAUCUUCUGUCAUGAUUAUCAGUAGUGAACAGACAAACAAUGGAUGUCUCUCGAUCCAAACAAAUACAUAAAGGGAAAAUACUGCGAUUGUUUUCUUGUUUCUCUUGUACCCGAGAUCAAAGUAAAUUCAAGCAUAAAUCUCAUGAGGUGGAAGAAAACCUCUGUAGAGAAAAUAAGGCAUUGAGAGAUGAAAACAAGGCUCUGAGAAAAGACAACAAAUUCCUGUGGGGGGAAAACAAAGCCUUAGGAAGAGAAAAUAAAACAUUUCGGAUGGACAACCAAUUCAUCAGGGAGAGGAAUCAUAUACUAAGGCAGCAGAACCAGCUACUCCAGAAAGUGAAAAGGUUGAUUUUAGAGAAUCAAAAACUCUCUGGCGAAGAACUCGGUGCCUUGAACACAGAAAAACAGUCUUACUGGCAACAGAAUCGCGCCAUGGAGGCUCAGAUCACAGCUCUCAGGCAACAAGAGAAAGCCUUCCAGCAUGAGGCUAAAGCUCUGCAUGAGGAGAUCAAAUCCCUGAAUGAAGAGACCAAGGCUCUCCAGCACCAGGAGAGGGCUCUCAGGAUGGAAGGGAAGGCCCUGGUGAGGGAUGGAGCGGCUGCUGAGUUGCAGGAGGCCCUCACAAAGGAGGGAGCUGCUCUGGAGAUGGAAGAACAGGCUUUGUGGAAGGAAGAACAGGCUCUUAGGGAGGAGAACAAGGCACUGAGAGAAGAGCAUGGGGCUCUACAAGAGGAGGAAGUCGCCCUUCAGGAAGAGGCAAAGAUCCUGCAAGAGUGGAAUACUAUUCUUCAGGGAAAGAUCACAAAAAAUCUCCCAGGGCAAACGGAGAAAAACGACGCAGAAAAGUGUGACCUAAGAACUAACCACAAUGCCCUGACAAUCAUCAGCAUUCCGGAACGUAAAACUAGAAUUCGAAGGUGAUACAUUGUUGUUAGAAGCCUCAGAAAUUGAAGUGCUCAAUAUUGGCUCCUGGCAACUAAAUAAAGGCCUGAGAAA